AUGGCGACAAAGAAGCGAGGCCGAACCUGGAGGAAGAGGAAAAGGAGAACUCGCGAGCGGGACAAACGGCCAGGUACGGGAAGAGGAACGAUGGCUGCCAGAAACAUAAAGGCGGGAGAAGUCAUCAUUGCUGUACCCAGGAACAUUCUGAUAUCGUGCCGAACUGUUCUGUCCUCCAAACUGGGCACUGAGCUGAAAAAGUGGUCUGGUACCAGUCGCUUCACCUGUGCACAGGUACUCUCAUUGUUCCUCCUUUUGGAGAAGAACAAAGGGAAAGACUCGUUCUGGUAUCCUUACAUCAGGUCACUACCGAACAGUUUUACCACUCCCGUAUAUUUCACGGAAUCAGAGCUCAAUGCCUUAAGCCCUUCUCUACAAGAAAAGGCGAGAGACCUUAAGAAAGAGUUGCUCCACGCCUUCAAUGACCUUGAGCCGUUCGUGACGUCUUGUCUGCCCGAGUUGGACUCCACGUUCACGUUCGAUGCGUUCCGGUGGGCGUGGUCCGUUCUGAAGACGAGGACGCUGUACCAGGAGGAUUGUAGGAGUCCGUACCUGUCCAACAAGGAGCCGCAAACUUCAACACUGGUGCCGAUGCUAGACCUGAUUAAUCAUUCUCCUUCUGCAAAGGCAAGGUUCGGCUAUAACGUGAACACCAGCUGUUACGAGGUGCGCGUUUUGGAGCCCUACAGAAAAUACGACCAAGUUUUCAUAUCUUACGGGUUUGAGGAGAACACGGAGUUGAUGCUCAAGUUCGGAUUCUUCGUUCCAGAAAAUCCCAAAGACUUCAUGAAGAUAAACCUAAGUGAAAUGUUAGAGAGUCUACCACAGAUUAACGAUGAAGAGCGCAAGAACAAGGUGGACCUUCUGUUCGAUAGUGGAUUGCUAAGCUCCUAG